AUCGAGACAAACGAGUAUUUUUUUUUACCGUUAUUUUCAAUCUUAAAAUUAAUACUCAUAUCCUCACCCUCACUGGCUCACUUUUCUUGCUGCAAAAGUGACCUUUCCAUUUCUCUUCCCAUCACUCUUCAUAAACCCAUUUUCUCUCUUUCUUUGCUAAUCUUACAAGUUACAACACACCCACAUACUACACCAUGUCAUCCAUAUCCAAAUCCAAAUCCAAAUCUAAAUCCAAACCCCCUGUUUUCCCCAUUAUCGAACCUCACCAUUUCAGCGAUUAUGGCUUCGAUCCCCAGAUCGAUUAUUUCCAGGUUCUAGAAGAAGCGAGAAAGCAUAAAAAGGAAACGACAACAAGAUCCAUUGAUACUCUCCAUUUCAAGCUUCAAAAACCCAUUUCAAAAGACGACGCUAAAAAGAAGCGACGACAAUGGUGGUGGAAAAACGCCGUUCUCUUCUUCAAAACCAAAUGGGCAGCCCAACAUACCCGAGCAAGCUCGAUAGAGUACCACCACCAACCAUAUCGUGGAUCCAUAUCCGGCCCAAUUUACUUCACGGAUAGCUUAAGUGGGUCCGCUUCUCCAUGUAGGACCACCAGUAGACCUACAUCGGGCCCACUAGCAGGAACGUUAACGCCGACGAGAAAGGGUGAUUUGGAGAUUCCGUAUAUGAGUCUUAAAGAUCUUAACAUGGACGCUCCGCACGUGAUGUCACCGGCACCCAUGCCUAUUUAUUUAGUUACUUGAUUGGAAUUACGAUUUUACCCUUUUAGUGGAGAGAGAAUUAGAUCCAUAUCUUUUUUUAUGGGUGGGUGGUGGAUCCGUUUAACUUUUUAUAACUUUUUUUUUUUUAAAAAAAUUAACUUUAUAAAACUUUGCACAAAGAUGCUCCUAAUCUAAUCUUUGUGUAAAGGUUUAUUUAUAAAGUGUAAUGCAUGCAAAUUUUUUAGUUUGUCGUAAAUUUCGUGAGACAGAGAGUAACAGCGGGAACCACUCAGUUAACCUUUUUCUUUGACCGAGGUGUGUUUUUCCCAAGAUGUUGACUUGAAUGGAUCGUAAGGCUUUUUGUACUGAAGAUUUUUAUUUUUAUUUUUGGUUAUGAUUGUCAAUUUUAUAUGAUGUUUUAUCAAUUAAAUUAAGGUGAACAUUUUGAUUUCUAG